AUGGGAGCAGUUUGCUUGAGAGUGGAGUGGAGGUUGCUAAUCGGAGCCUUGCCCCUGUUAUCCUUGGUGCAGCCCACUCCGGGGAUCAGCUCAAACAAUGGUGUCUCCGGGCCUCUUGUGCCCUUUCCUUUUGUGGCAAGAAGCUCAGAGGUCUUUGUCCGUGCAGCCGUAGCUGUAGCCCUCCCUGCGGUGGAGGAGGUCUACACCAGUUAUGUGCUUUUUAUGAGUGGUGAGAAGGGGGUGUGUUCUCCAAGUGCGCUAAAACGGAAGGCAGAAGGCCAGGAAUCACAGAAGCCAUCCACACCAGCUUCGCGGGAGAAGAGCAUUUGGAGAAGAACUGGUAAAGCAGUGUUAAGUGUUGUCAAUGGGAAAACACAAACUUCUCUGGAUUGGGAUAACAUUACUGAUGGACUCCCCCAUAAACCAUCUGUGUCAAUCAUGAGUAUAUGUGGUAGAGGUGACCCCAGGUCCUGUCACUGGCAGCUGUAUGCAACUGGGACAGCAGAUGGAACAUUGCCUGGACUAUUCCAGGUCCCAGGCACCCCCUUUGCUGCGGCCCCCUGUAGCCUGAAGGUGGAGGCUUCCUUCUAUGCCAGGGGACUGCUGUGCUGUGCAGAGAAUGUGGCCAAGGAUCUGCUUCCCGGUACUAUCACCAUGAAGACCCCCAAUAUAGCAGAUGGACCCGCUCAGACCAGCACCCAGUGAGCACCCCUGUGGCUGAUUUCCCAUUUUCCCACUUACUCAGAAGCUGAUGUGCAGCACAACUCCCACGGCCUUUCUCCUGGUGCUAUCCACACCCCUAGCCUCCCAGCAUCCCAGUGUGGUCCGGAGAUGCCCUGUCUCCUCACUCAGUGUCCUUCUGGGGGCAUCCCGGCACAAGGUCUUGAUAACAUCAUGAAUGCUGUCAUCCCUCACUUCCCGGAAGAGAAAGCGCAGGCACCUCCAAAUCUGGGAUUUCGUGUUCACAUGGCUUCUGGAGAGGCUCUUUGUCUGACGGUGGAUUUCGGGGACGAUUCUGGGGUGGAAAUGAGGCUCCACAAUGUGUCAGAGCCAACAACUGUGACUGCCUACCACCAGUACGGGAAAGAUGGCGUCUAUGCGCUCAAGGCUGUUCUUUAUAAUGAGUCUCGUGGAACCGAAAUGGAACUUGGACCCUACUAUGUGGAAGUUGGCCGUGAGACUGUGUCUGUGUUCAUGAACUCCAGUAGCGUUCACGAGGAUGACGUUCUUGCCUUUGCUGCCUCCCAAAGCACUCUUGGUGUACAUCAUUUUCCAUCUCUUCCUUCACAUAAUGUGUCCUUUAUUUCUCAAAGCCAAGUGAGUGACAGCCAGGCUUGGUCCAGCGUGCCUGUUUGGUAUAAGAUGCAACCCGUCUCUGUGUACACAAAUGGAACUGUAUUUGCCACAGACAUGGAUAUCACCUUUGAAGCUGUUACGAAGGAAACAACACGCCUGGAAUUUGUGUGGUAUUUUGGAGCAGAUCCACCAGUGAGGACAACUUUAAGAAGCAUUAAAAGAAGACUCAGCAUCCCCCAGUGGUAUCUUGUGAUGGUCCGGGCAUCCAACAAGGUCAGCAGCAUGGUCUCUAAACCCCACCUUGUCAGAGCGCAAAGGAGAGUCGUGGCCAAUCGGCUCACAUCCCCCUCUUCAGCUCUGGUAAAUGCCAGCGUGACCUUUGAGUGCAGGAUCAACUUUGGCACGGAUGUCGCCUACAUAUGGGACUUUGGGGAUGGCACCCUCAGCGCGGGGAGCAGCUCCAGCAGUCAUGUCUACAGAAGGGAAGGACAAUUCACAGUGGAGGUCCUUGCCUUCAAUAACAUCAGUGCUGCCACCCUCAGAAAGCAACUUUUCAUCGUGCGUGAGCCCUGCCAGCCGCCCCCGGUGAAGAACUUGGGGCCUGAGAAGAUCCAGGUAUGGAGGUCUCAGUCUGUAAGGCUGGGAGUGACGUUUGAAGCUGCUGUCCUCUGUGACAUUUCCCAAGGCCUUUCUUACACCUGGCACUUGAUGAACUCUGAGGGGUCCCCUGUUCCCCUCCCUGCUGCUAUCGAUACUCACAGACAGACCCUCAUCCUUCCAAGCCACGUGCUGGAGUGUGGGAACUAUACUGCCCUUGCCAAGGUUCAGAUCAGAGGCAGCAUGGUGCACAGCAACUACUGUGUGGGCCUGGAGGUGCAAGCCCGGGCCCCAGUCAGCGUGAUCUCCGAGGGUACACACUUGUUCAUUUCCAGGACCACCUUGUCACCCAUCAUCCUCAGGGGAACCCAGUCCUUCCACCCAGACAAUCCUGGGGCUGUUCUCAGGUACCACUGGGGAUGCACCACCACGGGCUCACCUGGACAGCCCUGUUUUGACUCUUCCACUCCCCACCAGCUGGAUGCUGGGUCCCCCACCAUUUCCUUUGAGGCAAAGUGGCUCUGCGACAGCUAUGACCAGUUCCUUGUGACGCUGACAGUCUCCAGUGGUGGCCGAAACUCCUCCGAGGCUCGGGUGUUUCUGUCCCUCCACCCUGACUCUGCCUUCAGAUUCGUCUACAUCUCCUGGGUCAACUUUAAAGGCACCCUUGUCAACUGGAAUGAAGAACUUUCUCUUCAAGCUGUGUGUGAAGACUGUGGUGAAAUACCACAUGUCUCUUAUUCGUGGGAUCUCUUUUUAGUCAAUGCAACAGAAAAGAAUAGGAUAGAAGUUCCCUUUUGCAGAAUAGCUGGGCUACUGGGCUCCCUGGGACUCGGUGCCAUUUUGAAGUCAUCAGAGUCAAACCUGUUGUCCCUGGAGCCCAACAUGGCAGAUUCCCAUGGGACGACCACGCCAUUCUCACGAGCACCUUCACCCGAGACCCUUGGCCAGCCUGCCCUCUCAGACUUGAGGAGACUGUCCAGGGAGCCCAUCGUCGGUGUCCACCAGACUCCUGCUACUGGUGACUCUGUGGUCCCAGGGGAGUCUCCUGAGGACAGGCCCCCAGAUUCAGAGCCAGGGUCACAGGACAAGGGUUCUCCAAGGAGCAGCCCCUCUGAGAGAAGUCGGCCCACCCUCAUACCUGUCCCUGACCUCUCUGAUUUUGAAGCCUAUUAUAGUGAUAUCCAAGAAGCAAUACCAUCCGAAGGAAGACAGCCAGGGAACUCUACCAGCCUUACAAGGUCAGAACCAAGUCUGAGUGCCGAGGAGAGCCCCGGUGAUGGGGAUAACCUGGUGGACCCCUCCCUCCUGAAGAGCAGAGUCGAACCUGUCCCCAUGAUCGACUGGCCCAAGGCCCUUGUGGGCCAAACUGUCUUCCAGGGCUACACCUCCUCAGGUAUCACAGAGCAAACAGUGACAGUCAAGCCCUACUCACUGAGCAGUGGAGAGACAUAUGUCCUACAAGCGUCUGUGGCUUCGGAGCACAGCUUACUUGGGAAAGCUCAACUGUACUUGACAGUCAACCUAGCUCCACAGGACGUGGCCUGUCAGGUGCAGCCCCACCAUGGUCUGGAGGCACACACCGUCUUCAGUAUCUUCUGCAUGUCAGGAAAACCGGACUUUCAUUAUGAAUUUAGUUACCAGAUAGGAAAUGCCUCCAAACACACCUUGUACCAUGGGAGAGAUAUCCAGUAUUAUUUUGCGUUGCCAGCUGGUGAGCCCUUGGAUAAUUACAAAGUCAGGCUUUCCACUGAGAUCACAGACGGCAAAGGCUCCAAGGUACAGCCGUGCACUGUGGUGGUGACUGUACUGCCCUACUACCAUGGGAAUGACUGCCUGGAUGAGGACCUCUAUCAUUCCAGCCUGAAAAACCUGUCUACCCUCCAGUUGAUGGGGAGUUACAGGGAAAUCAGGAACUACAUCGCCAUGAUCACUGGGAUCCUGAGUCGUUUGUUUAAGGAGGACGAAACUGCCUCUUGUGGCCAAUGGUCACGAAUACAGGAUACAUUCAUUUCUACAGUCUGCAAAUUAACUUUUUCAAAUCAGGAAGAAAUGGUUAAUUCUGUUCUUAUACUGAAGGACCUCACAAGCUUCUCUAAUAAGCUGAGCUUUAUGAGUGCAAGUCUUAUCCUAAAAUAUACCCGGAUGCUCCUUGCUCAAGACCAGUUCUCUGGGAGGUUUGUGGUUGACAAAGCAUUGAGGCUUGAGCUCAUUCUUCUCAUAUCCAGAGUCUGGGAAGUCUCUGAGCAGGAAAAAUUGAGGGAUAAGUAUUAUCUACAUAAAGAAGGAGUGACAGUCAUCUCGGAUGUAUUGUUAGGCUGUCUCUCUUUGAACCGCAUUAGCACUGGGCAGAUGGAGUUCCAGAUCCUUCUUCAUCACAACCCUCAGAGUUCUGUCCAGAGCCUGGGCUUUGCCCAGGUACAUUUACCUGGUGACCUUGCUGGGCACAGUCCUGCUAUGGCAGAAAUGCAGAGCCAGUGCUACAUUAGCCAGCUCGUACUCUUCAAGAAGAGCCCAUAUCCAUGGGGACAGCCUCCUGGGCAGAUUGAUGGAUCUGUUGACGUCUCCCUCUACAACUGCUCCAGCAGAAGACCCAUUAACAGACAUUGGCUAAGGAAACCUGUGACAGUGGAGUUUGGGGAGGAAGAUGACCCAGAUAAUAGGAGAAAUAAAACAAUGUUUGUAUUGCUUUGGGAUAAAGUGAAUUUUCAUCAGUUCAUUGGACUUUCUGGAAACUCCCAAGAAUCUCUACAGAUAGAAAUUGAAUUUUCUAAGCCCAUUGCAAGAGCGUUUCCCAUCAUGUUGCUAGUAAGAUUCUCCAAGAAACCUACUCCCUCUGAUUUUCUUGUGAAAAAGAUCUACUUCUGGGAUGAGCAAAUUGUACGAAUGUAUGUACCUGCUGUUUCACAGAAAGAUGCCAGUGUAGGGUAUUUAUCCUUAUUGGAUGCUGACUAUGACAGAAAACCUCCAAACAAAUACCUCGCUAAGGCUGUGAACUACACAGUACACUUCCAGUACAUCCGAUGCCUGUUUUGGGAUAAGAGAGAGUGGAAGUCUGAAAGUUUCUCUCCACAACCAGGAACUUCUCCUGGAAAAGUGAGCUGCAGCUACGAUCGCCUUGGCGCGUACUCUGUCCUGAGAAGAAGGCUGAGUGCCAGUGUUGAAGUGAAUGAUGUUUCCAAGUUACAGAGUCACCCAGAAAACCUGCUUCCUGGUAUUUGUAUUGUGGUUUUUAUGAUUUUUUAUGGAUUUCUGGUUACUAAAUGUAGACAAUUAGAUCAUCAUGAAAAAAAGAAAACUGGUUAUAUCUUUCUGCAAGAAGACACCCCACCCAGCCACCAGCCAUAUGCAGUUGUCAUUGACACCAGUUUCCGGUCUCCAGCCAGUUUUACCUCAAAGGUUUAUAUUGUUUUAUGUGGUGAAAAUGGACUUUCAGAAACCAAAGAACUCUGCUGUCCAGAGAAGCCCCUGUUUGAAAGGAACUCCAGACACACCUUUAUCCUGAGCACUCCUGCCCAGCUGGGCCCACUCCAGAAGAUCCACAUCUGGCACGACAGCUGUGGGCCUUCCCCGAGCUGGUUCAUCAGCUACGUGAUGGUGAAGGAGCUGCGUACAGGACGGGGCUGGUUCUUCCCUGCCCAGUGUUGGCUAGCUGCAGGCAAGCGUGAUGGCCGAGUGGAGCAGGAGCUCACCUGUCUGCAAUCAGGGCUCGGCUUCCGGAAGCUUUUCUAUUGCAAGUUCACGGAGUACCUGGAGGAUUUCCACCUCUGGCUCUCAGUGUACAGCCGGCCCUCCUCCAGCAGCCACCUGCACACGCCGCGCCUCACUGUGUCCUUCUCCCUGCUGUGUGUCUACGCGUGUCUCACUGCGCUGGUCACUGCUAGAGAGCAAGAGCAGCUUCCAUUGGAUGUUGGCCCCACCGUCACCCUCAGAUCCUUUGGUGCGGGUCUCCUGUGCACUCUGCUGGCUUCUGUGGGGGCCCAACUCCUGUCCCUGUUCUUCAGGCUCUCCAAGCGUCCUGCCUCAGCCAUUCUCUCUGGAAGUGCCAGGUGUCCGAGGAAGGCAGCAAGCAGUGAUAGCACAGCCUGUCUACCCACUGAGCUGGAGGCCUGUGGGGCUGGCCGUGGCGAGACUGUUCUGAGGAUGAAGGGUCACUGCUAUCUUCCCCAUUCACAAGUGCCCUGGUGGUCAAGAACCCAUCUGCUUUGGCCAGGUUCUGUGGCAUGGGUCAUUUGUGGAAUGACUUCCCUGGCCUGUGGCUUGGGGACAGGGUUUGUAGGCUACAGCUUUGGCCCGGCGCAGUGUGUGCAGUGGCUACAUCUGCUCUCCCUCUCCGUGAUCUGCUGUGUUUUCAUCACCCAGCCACUUAUGAUAUGCCUCAUGGCGUUGGGUUUUGCUUGGGAAAGAAGAAAUGACUACCACUUUUUUACCGAGUCUUUAUGUGAGGCAACCAAGAAUAUAGAUUCCGCAUUGGAAGAACGUUCCAGGGCCCACCUCUCUUCAAGCCACAGCACUCCCGACUGUGCAGUCGAGGUUGAAAAGAUCUUGGCUGCCCGAAAGCGAGCUCGCCACCUGCGCUGGGCACAGCCACCAUCCAAGGCCCAGCUCAAGGUCACCAGGGAGAGGAUGAGGAGAGAGAGAUACAUGCAGGCAGCCCUGAGAGACAUUUCCAUGGGCAUCUUCAUGCUGCUUCUGCUUUUGUGCAUAAUACAUGGGAGGGUCUCCCAAGAUGAGUGUUCUCUCAAUCAAGCUGUCCGGAAGGAAUUCACAAGAAAUGCCAGACACUCCUUGGACGGCCUGAGAAGUGUCGCCGACUGGUGGGACUGGAGUCUGACCACACUGCUGGACGGCCUGUACCCAGGAGGCUCAGCAGCCGGCGGGCCAGGGACUCAGCCCAGAGCUCUUGGAGGAAAGUGCUACCUCAUGGGCAGUUCACUAAUUAAACAGCUCAAAGUUCCUCCCAGCCGUUUAUUCAGGCAUCCCUGGGCAUUUUCAGCACUCAUCGAAGACUCUUUUCCAACGUGUAGCCCCCAAGUUGGAGACCCUGAGAACCCCCACAUGGUAGACCUGGAGAACCAAAAUGUGACCCUGAGUGGUCCCAGGGGCUUCAGAGCAAGGGAAGACUGUGUGCUUAGCCUGGGCAGAACAAGGCUGGAAGCCGAGGCUGCCCUGACCCGCCUCAGGGCCAGCGGGUGGAUUGACCAGAACACCAGGGCCAUGUCCGUGCACUUCACCCUUUACAACCCUCCAACCCGACUCUUUACCAGCGUGUCCCUGAGCACGGAGAUUCUCCCCACGGGGGGCCUCGUCACCUCAUGCCUGGUGGAGUCAUUCAGCAUCUUCCACAGUGACAUGGGCCUGCAGUUCCACCUCGUGCUUCCUGAGCUGAUCUUCCUGGUGCUCAGCCUGAUUCACUUCUGGUUUCAACUCUACUGGGUGAUGGAGAAGGGCCUUCUCCCCUACUGGCAAAAACCAAGAAACUGGCUGGAGCUCUCUGUGGUUGGGGUGAGCCUCACCUACUACAUGGCCUCCGGACAUCUUGCUACACUUGCUGGGGAUGUCACCGACCGGUUCCACAGGGGACUUUGCCAAGCGUUUAUGGACCUCACUCUCAUGGCAUUGUGGAAUCAGAGGGUGCGAUGGCUCCAGGGAAUCCUCUUAUUCCUCUUAAUGUUCAAAUGCAUCUAUCUGCUCGGCACUCAGAAAACAAUGGCAUCCUGCUCCUCGAAGAUGAGUUGUCCACUCUUCAGUGUGUUUACAUCAGGGCUGGCGGGGGCCCUGAUGCUGGCCGCCCUCUCUCACCUGCACCGACUCCUGCUCUCCGCCUGGGCUCUCCCAUCCGGCACCUUCGAAGAUUCUCUCCCCGGGCUGCUCUUUCGUUUUCCAGGAAGAAUCCAAAAAGAUUCAUUCCUUGACCUUUCCAAAUCUGACCGGCAGGCCACAACUUGUUACUGCGGGGCCCUUUUUAUAAUCACCGCCAUGCUGUGUUUUGGAAUGCUGAGAGGUUUCCUCAUGACUUUAACCCGAAAAAGAAAAUCUUGUCAAAGUAAAUCUCUUGUGAGACUUAAAGAUGUCAUUGCUUUUACAUGGGGGAAGGCCCUCAUCUUUCUGGGACUGGAAAUGCCAGAGUUAGAAGAAGCCGAGAUGGUGGAGAAUCACAAUUACUACCUGGAUGAAUUUGCAAGUUUAUUAGAUGAACUUCUGAUGAAGAUUAAUGGUUUGUCCGAAAGCUUACAACUGCCUCUUCUAGAAAAACAAUCUAACAGUAUGGGGGAGACAAGUACAGAAGAUAGUCCCUUGGUGGGUGUUCCUAGUUACCAAGCCACUGUGGAAAAAACACAGGUUACUGUGGUUUCUUCUGACCAUCCUCUUGGUCCUGUUUCCAGGCAACCACAAAGAAACUUGAUGAUACAAGUUCAGGAAUGUGCACUGACCUUUGAAGGACCUAUCCACACCCUGCACCCUGCAGAAGGUUUGGCAUCAGUUGCUCCAGACAGUGGGACCCCUGCAAAAAAUCAGUACGCCUGCUACAACCCACAACACCUCCUGAGUAAAGAAUGGCUAGAGGUUCGUUGCACCAAGGAGAAAGGUCCACCAAAAUGCAAAGUCAGCAAAUAUCUCAAAGACCAGUCUCAGGUUUUACAAUAUGAUGUCACCUACGGGGAAAGGAAUCACAACCCCAAGUGGGAGACAGGAGGCCACGUGAGAGGCUGCACUAUGGCAUCCCAUACAGCUCAGAACCGUGUGGUACUCAGGCCUGAUGAAGGAGACCUUGGGGUGGUCACGAGUCUUCCUAGGGUGGUCAUCGUAAAAAAAGUAUGGAAUGUCAAGGUUGGAGAUGACUUCGGAGGCUCCUUCUACCUGGAAGAUCCAGCUAUAUUGGUUUGGGGGGAAAAAAAGAGAAGCAAAACAAACACUGAUGUCAGGUUGUCAUCAUCUUUUGGGAACAUGAUUCAACCCCUGGCAACCUUUGUCACAGGGAGGGAGACCCAUGAGAAGUCAAAUGAACUUUUCAGCAACCAGCACGCAGAGCUUGGUUGCCACAUGUUCCUGGGUUCCGAUUUCCACCUGAAGUGGGGAGCCUCAGUGAUGGCAUGGCUAAGAGCAGGAGGAAUCCCUGCCCCUGGAGGGUACUUCCUCGGAAUCAGAGAAAACUUAGAAGCCAACUAUUCCUCAUGUGGAAACUUCUCCUCAUGGAAAAAUGCUCCAAACUGCUUGCUCUCAGGCAGGGAGCCAGGCCUGGUUUGUGGAGAUUCCCUCCAAGCUCUUCUUUGGAGAAGCAUUGCCGAGAAAGCCUAUGAUCUGGACCCCAGACUUGCUCUGAGUCUGGUGGCUCUAAAGGCACCAGACACCUUGGCAAAACAGACCAGGCCAUGA